AUGACAACAUCUUGUACAUUAAAUGAAUUUGAAUUACUUGAAGGCACAACAACACAAAAUUUAUUUAUUCAUUUGACACCAAUCAUAAUUUGCGUUGGAUUACUGGGCAAUAUUCUAACUAUCUAUGUUUUCAUUAUAACAGAUCUUAAACGACAAUCUGUGUCAAUAUUAACUAUUGCUCUAGCCAUUGUUGAUUCAUUAGUACUUCUUGUACCUGUCUUAUUUUUAUGGCUUGAGAAUCUAUUAAAACGCGAACUUACGGAUGCAUCACCAUUUUGGUGUCGGACACAUGGAUUUUUCGAUUUAACUUUUACAUGUUGUUCAAGUUGGCUGAUGAUUUGUAUUGCAUUUGAACGUUUUUGUGCUGUUUGGUUUCCUCAUCGCCAUAAAGUUUCAUUUACUCAUCGAAAAAUAUUUUUUCUUGUCCUCGGAAUUCUUUUUUCGGCAACAAUAAUAUCAACAUGGUUUAUAUUUGUUGUUAAAAUGAUUUUAAAAACUCGACCAGCAAACAUAAUACAACAUACAUCUACGUUGUCAUUAAAAAGUCCUCUAAAAAAUACUUCAGAAAAUUUUAGUUUUUCGCCACCACGGCAAAUUCCAUUUGGCAAUCAAUCAUUAGUUAGCUAUUUUAAAUGUGAUGUCUAUGAUGAUAACCUCUAUGAUUCCAUGGGAAUGGUAUCUGUUGUAUUAAAUUAUUUUCUGCCUUUUAUUUUUGUAUUAUUAUUAAAUUCAACUAUAAUUUAUCGGUUAUGCAAUCGUGGCAUCGUCGAGUUAACAUCAUCGAUAACAGUAACAUUAAUACUCGUCUGCCUUGUUCAUCUAUUUUGUACACUGCCGUUUCAAUGUUGGUGGAUCUAUUAUGAAAUUCCUGAUCAAACCGGCGAUUGUCUCUGGUUAAAAAAUAAACUAACAUGGCGUACUAUAACAUUUACAAUAAGAAAUAUAAAUUAUAUGGCAAAUUUUUUUCUUUAUUCAUGUUCAUCGGCACUGUUUCGGUAUGAAUUAAAAGGUUUAAUUUUAUUAUGGUUAUUACCACAUGAAAGAUAUCAAAGUUAUCGUUAUCGAAGACAAUCACUAUAUGAUAAUAUACAACAAAAUGUAUCACUGGUUCGUCUUAUUAUGAGAAGAUUAAGUCGGACACCUGAAUAUCUGAAUGACGGAGUUAUUGCUAAUCACGUAGGUGGUGCAGGUGUUGAUGAUGAUCAUGUUGCCAACAUUUAG